AACAGGCCUGAUUAUUAUAGCAGAUUCAACGUGAAGAGCUUGAACUACAAACACAGAAACGGGGUAGACGAAUGUAGCCAAGAUGAAGCGUUGAACCAACAUUUGCCCAGAGGAGCCUCGUGGCUGCGGAGCAGAUGCGAAGCGCCGCACAGAUGAGCACGAGAGCAGAGCCACCGCGCGCCUUGUUUCGGACGAGGACACCACUCUGUGUAUCGGUGUGAACCAACGGACCCAACACAUUCAUCCGAUUGCUCUGACCAGACCAGGAGGGCGGCAUGUUUCUGAUGUGGUCUGCCAAGAGCCACCGAGGGGCCAAGGUGCCGCAGGUCAUGCGAUCACAAGACAAACCCAUAAAAAGUCCAUUAAGCGCUGUAGGCAAAGAGCCGGGUUCUCAUCUCCUUGAUAGGUCCUGCAAACAGCAUUGCUUUGGUCUCAGGCCUCCAGCAGACGGCGUGUUGGUAUCGUUACUCUGCAGUCCCUGUCUCUGCUCAGUCGAGGGGAUUUUGAAAAAGAGUUGGUCGUCUCGAUGUAGGGCAUGCUAUGACCGCUUCAUUACUCCUCCACUCGCACUGGGUUGACCCGGUCAUGUUUCUCUACGACAACGGCUUGGACGACAGGAGCAAGAACAUGGACGGAUUUACUGGAGGUAACUUCGCUGCGAACCAGUGCAGGAAUUUGUUAGCGCAUCCGACCUCGCUGGCUCCCAGCACCACCUACACCGCGAGCGAGGUGCCAGUCUCUGGCAUGGGGGAGCCGGGCAAACAAUGUAGCCCCUGUUCCGCCACUCAGAGUUCACCCAACGCGUCGCUGCCCUAUGGAUAUUUUGGCAGCAGCUACAGUUACCCAUGUAGGAUGUCACACGGCGGCGUCAAGCCCUGCGCGCAGCCCCCUGGCUACGGUGAUAAAUACAUGGACUCCUCGGUCUCUGCCGGCGAGGAGUUUUCGAACAGGGCGAAAGAGUUUGCGUUUUACCAGGGCUACUCCUCGGGUCCCUACCAGCCCAGCUACCUGGAUGUGCCUGUCGUGCCUGCGCUCAGUGCUCCCUCUGAGCCGAGGCACGAGUCCCUGCUGCCCAUGGAGCCCUACCAGCCGUGGGCCAUCACCAACGGCUGGAGUGGUCAAGUUUACUGCACCAAGGAGCAGCCCCAGUCAAACCCACUGUGGAAGUCCUCGUUACAAGACACAAUGUCUGGUGGAGACAGCUCUGUCCGCCGCGGGAGGAAGAAGCGCGUGCCAUACACCAAGGUGCAGCUCAAAGAACUGGAGAGGGAGUACGCCACCAACAAAUUCAUCACCAAGGACAAAAGGAGAAGGAUAUCCUCGCAGACGAAUCUGACCGAGAGACAAGUGACAAUCUGGUUUCAGAACAGGCGCGUGAAGGAGAAGAAGGUCGUGAAUAAAUUCAAGAGUGCCAGUUAGCUGUGGGGUGAAACUGAGACAGGAGGGGGAAAGGCGGACAUGGAUGCGCUUUCCUCCACCACCCCCCCAAAAACUUUGCUAUAAUUUAUUACGUUAUGAAGGUUUUCUUUGACGCCAGCGCGGCUCUGCUUUGACCUGCACAUUUCCUCCCUCGCGUUUUAAUUGGAACCAGUCGAUGCCUGUUGGCAGAGGAUCGGAAAUGGUUUGCAACAUUUUGACCAAUGGCGAUUCUUGCAAAGGGACGUCAUCUCCUGAAAACGUUCACCCAAAGUUUUGGUUUUGAAGGCCCGAGACACUUGGACAAAAUCCUCCGCGUUAAUCCCGAUGAAGCAAUACAAAUUAAUUUUAAGAUGAAGCCCCUAGGAUGAGUUACAUUUCCCUUUUUCAGACUGUGAUGCGUUGUUCAACUAAAAGGAGGCUCAGCUGUCACCUUCAGCCAGUGAUCAUGACAGAGAAACGGGCGGGGAGGUUAAAAAAAUGGAUGAUGGUUGAAUAACCGAACCAAAUAACACUGGGACAUGGUAUUAGGGAUCAUGUUCCUUCUAAACAAAUAACAAAAAGCAAAAUGCAAACGAAACUCUCACAGCACUUAGUUCAGUGUUAUAUUAUGAAGAUAGACUUUAUUUCAAACUGUCAUUGAGACUAUAUCACUUCGAUUCAUUCGUUCAGUUCAUCUGUUAAUUUGCGAAAGUCUGAGAAUUUCUAUAUUUUGCCCACACAUUGUCCCUGUCAUGCCUUUUUUUUAAAUUAUUCUUUACACAUGGAUUUCGUUAAGAAUAACUCUCCCAUCAACAGGCUCAACUACACAACUUCUGCCUGAUGUCACCCAACGAGGAAUUUGCUUGAAACCGCCCUGCGCAUAUUUAAAUGUCCUGUAAAUUACUAUCUGACUUCAACUAUCUAUUCUCCCCCUUUUUUUUAACUGCAAUAGCCAAAGUUUUUGACAAUAAAUGUU